UAAUAUAACAUUUGUGUUGAAACCCUAGCGCAAGACGCUUCGAAGUAAGACAGAACGUAACAAAAUUCCAAAUUUGUGGCUUUAAAUUUUCUAAAUGGCUUAUGGAAAGUACGAUAUUGUGUUAAUAGUGAUAGUGUUAGCUACCACAGUACUUGGACGCCCUGGUCAACUGAGAGAUGAAGUACAUGAAUUUUCCGAUUUUCAAAAUAACAUACCGAUUGAAUACGCUAAUAAUCCAGAAAUAAUACCUGCUGUUGAGAGCAUACAAGAUACCACUGGGCAACAUGAAUUCAUCUCUUGGUCUCAGUUGCAUCAAGAUGAGGUGUAUGCAUUCGCUGAAAUCUGUCGACAACAUUACAAUCAAAUGAUUGAACAAUACUCCGGCAAUCCUAGAUUAAACCGUUUGAGACCAUUGACCAAACCGCUUUACAAACUAUACAAUGGUUAUACUUGGAACGAUUAUUUUGGGAAUCAACUACAAUAUGUUAUUGACCAGGCAGAAAAAAUUUCCUAUCAAAUAAUCGCGAGUUUUGAACAGGGCAUGAAAACAGAGAUUGAUCAUAUGAAUGAAAACAUAUUCGUGGACUUUGCAGCAAUGGAACUCGAUAGGGUUCACACAGGUGAACAUCGAGUGCAAAUAAUCGAAGUUCAACCAACAAUAACUCAGCAACAUGAAUUUAGUACAUCUGGAGGAGAAAUGUUUUACAUAGAUGAACAACAGCAUCAGCAGCCAAUAUACACAGAAGUUGACUCAUAUCCAUUAAAGUCACAUAGGUAUGUGGACAACGAUAUGGGUCAUCAUAUGCAAUCAAUUCCAAAUGAUGAAACAGAUAGUUUGUUGUAUAUGAAGAAUUCAGAAAUAGCUCAAAAUUCUGACGAAAACAUCUUGGAUAAACAAAAUGAAAAUGAACAACGAAAUCAAGAUGUCGAAAUUCUGUUAAGUCUUCAAACAAAAUCGGGUGAAUCUUUACUACAAACGCAACACGCUCAAGUUGGAGUGUUGGAAUCUAUAAUACCUACGAUAUCGCAAAAGAAGAAUGACGAUUACGAAUUAAUCGAACAAACGCAACCUAUGAGCAAUACACCCAGCAGGCCCACUGCUAAAGCUAACAAUGUAAUGUCCUUGGUUCGCCAACGAACUGAGAGGAAACAAGAAGGCGUAAUGUCUUCAUCCAAUUAUACGCAGCUCAAGACUACAACAGAAUCAACUAUUUCAAAGACGACAUCGGAGAGCAAUGUUAUGUCGAUGCUGCCAAAUAAAAGACUUCCGAUCAAUUAUGCUGAACUACACGAUAUAGUACGUCAAACAUUGGACGAUCAUAUAAGGCAAUACGAAGAUAAUGAAGAAGGGGAAACUCAUUUCAUGGGAAUUACCAGCAAUAAAGAACAUUCCAGAUUGACGUAUGAUACGGCAAGCGGAGAACCCUCAGAAGCAUUCAAUUCAUCCGUCGAAGGAAUUGUACAAAACCAUGAAUCAAUCAGUGCUUUGACAGCUCGUGACAAACCAAUUACCUCGGACAAAGCGAUUGAAAGCCCACAAAGAAUGGAUUCAUCCACAAUUUCCUCGAAACCCAAUGUAUACUACUCAGCGCCUUUAGCACCGUUUCCAACUACUAUUCCAGAAGUACAAUACAUAUCGCAUGUUCCUCAGCGCACUGCAUUACCCGAAAUACCAGAACUGGAGAAUGAGAUGACAACUACAGAACUACAACAACAAAUCGCUGAUUAUGAGCAAUGGUUUGAUGAUAGUACCGUUUCGGAAAUUGAUGAUAAAAGUAUUCAUGAUACUGAACAACGGAAAAACAACUGGAACGAUCAAGUGUCACUUUCAGAACAACCUCAACAAUAUAGCGACAAUUGGCCAUUAAUUUACGAUCCAAGCAACCCCGAUAUAUUCGGUCAUAUCAAUACAACAUUCCACCCGUUCCAACCAUGUUCUCAGCAAGAUCCAUCGCUUCGUCCCGCAAGGAUGGCCACAGUCAAAUUGAAGACCAUGGAAUUCAGCAGUUCCUCGACUGGAGUGAUUUGAUGUCUACGGUUCAAGGGUGCCUGAUGUUUGCCGAACGAUUAGAGACCGAACGAGCGGACCAUAAUGUACGGGUCCGUCUACGCCAAGAAGACCAUUGCCACAAGCCACACCGGUUGCAUCAAUGUCGUUCAAGCUCGCAACUCCGUAUUCAACACCAUUGCAGAUCAUGUCAUCCACGCCAGCUUCGCCAAGCUUAGUCUGGGUCACACCAGAAUCGACAACAGAUCGUUGUCAGCAACAAGUUUUAUGUUACACACCUCUGCAACAAGUUUUAUGUUAUACAGAACCAACGGACCCGAAACAACUGUCUGCGAAUACCGUUGAAAGUGGAAAUCCGUUAUGUUGUGCUAAUUUUUAUUUUGACAUUAUUUAUUACAGAACCUUUUUUUAACCUCUUUUUAACGCAACAUAGCGUUACCCGCUCGCACUUGAACAACCAACGCGAGAUUUGCAUCCAACGCAUGGUGCCGAUAAAGCAGUUGUCCAAUUUUUUAGUAAUACAGAAUUCAGCAGAACUAAACCAUUGACGAAUCAGCAGUUUAUGAUUGCGGCAACAAAGCUCUCCUUAUCAGGGUUUCGUGUUUGUUUACAUAACUUGUAGAAAAAAAAUCAUUAUUUCCAAAUAGUAAAACGGAAUAAAC